UAAGUAAUUAUUUCCCUUGGCUCUAUGAUGUUGACUUGUCAGUGGCUUCUUUGUAUUAAUUGUUUUACGUCACUCGUGAGUUUCACAGGUUUUUACACCCCGGAGAAUGACACGCUGUAGUUCAAUUUUGUCCUUGGUUUAAAUUUUAUUUCCCUCUUUUCAAACUCAUUAUCAUACCUGAAUAACAUACCCCAAAAGAAAAUAAAAUAAAUUAAACCAUAGAUGAAAUUGAACGACAACUGAAAUAAAUGAGUUAAUGACAAGCUUAUGAACAAUUCUUACUUUCAAAAUUCUUAUAUUUAUUAGAUUAAACGCCGGGGCGUUUAUUAAAUUUUUCGUUAUUCGAGUGCGGCGUUUAUUUAAUAGCCAUUUAUUUCUUGCAAACAAUAGUAUGGUAACUGAGCAUUUGAACUGUAAAAACAGAAACAUGUUUUAGUGCUUUUCUGACUAAAGUCAUUAUCUAUAUGUUUCUCAAUUUCACAGUUUGCAUGUUAAUAUGCUACUGGAAUACAUAAAGUGAAUAGAGUUAAUUAUAUUCCAUUGAGCUUCGAAUGUACUGAUCUUAAAGCAUUGUUAAAAUCAAAGAAAAGAAUUUUUUCAGGCUUGCUCAAACAUGAUUAUUACUGCAUGCAUUUACUUUUUGAGUCUAUUAUUGGAAUAAACACCGCAUCAUGACGUGGCGUUUAUUCGAGGGCGGCGUUUAAUCGAAUAAAUACGGUAAUUAAAGAAAUGAUAGCUGCUGUAAUUGCAGUAACUAAACAUGGUAUCUUUCGUACAUUACAGAUCUGAAUGAGUGCAGCAGGGACAAGUAUUAUUGCCAUCGUUUUGCCACCUGUUCGAAUAAUCGUGGUUCCUUCACUUGCACUUGUGACCUUCAACAAGGUUUUAUCGGGGAUGGCUUUGAGUGCAACUUAAAUUAUGCAAGUAAGUGAUCUUAUGCAAAGAAUUAAUUUUACAAUGCCGAAGUUUAAAGAUCACGAGAAAAGGGUUUGAAAACAAGGACAGGAAAUUUUUUGUAAAAUUUUGAACUAUUAAUCUGUAAUAUAAGAAAUCAGUUUUAAGUUUGUGGGCCUUCUGUUACAAGCUGAUUUUAUAUGACAAAUGAAGGGGUACCAGGUAUCUGGGCCCAGUUGUUCGAAGGCCGAUUAGCGCUUAACCCAGGGUUAAAUUUAACCCGGGUUUCUAUUUCUUUUGUUCAAAAACAUUUUCUCGGAUAAUUUUCUCUGUUAUUUUUAAGAGCAUCCAAUCAUCAACUUGUUGACAAAAAGAAUAAAACUGAAAUUACUCUCUAAGCUUUUAUUUCUGAAUUCAAAUUUCGCACUAACCCUGAGUUAUCUUAACUCAGCUUGAACAACUCGGCCCUGAUUUACGUUUGAUUACAUUUCGGGAUUCUUUAUUUUUCGCAGCAGCUCGAUCAUAUGUUUUCUUCUACAGCAUCACUUUCCGACUGCUGCUGAACAUAGCUACAACAUAACCGCACUCCACUCUAACUGCGCCAAAUAUUGCGAAAAAAGCUUAAUAAAUAACUUAACGUUCGGGCUUUCUGACAAUGAGAGUAACGAACGCACUUUCCUAAUGAGUUUAGGGAUUUCCUGUUGAUCACCUAAGUGGAAAAAAACAAACCUGUAAGGUAUGAUAAUGACAUGAGCAAGAAACCAAUGAAAGCUUGACAGCAUCACGGUCAGCGAUAAUCCCUAAACGUGCCCAAUUCAGGGGCUGGCACUCAAAUUUUAAUAAAUGACAAUUAUGUUGAAAAACUACUAAGAAAGGAAAAUAAUAGAACUGAAAACCUGUCGAUACAAAAUACGGAUGAACCUUGAUAUACAAACCUAAUCAUAACGAGACUCUAUAAGGUACGAGUGUAACGUCCAGAGCAAACAUGAAAUAGACUAAAAUAACCUACAAAAUAGGGCUUCACAACAGAAAAUGGGACAUAGCAGUACAGCUGUACCUCUUACUUUUCCCUUUAUCGAGAAUUUUUCCGCUACCUUAAGUAAACAAGUGUUGGGACCUGAGGAGACCAUACAUCGCGCGUCUCAGUCAAAUCUUGAAAACUGGAAUAGUAAGUGACAAGAAAUAAUUACUCUCGACAUAUCAUAAAGAACGUAAAUGCAACCUAACCUUAGAAACAGGUUCCGAAAGGUUAAAGCAAAGCCUGCAUGAAGUUUUCAAAACUCCCGGCCGUUAUGCGGCGCUUUCCUCGUGCCAACCAAAAAUAAAUAAACAAACCAUCAAAAAGAUCUGAACAGCAAAAGAAUUUUGAUACCUUUUUCUUUAUUUGUAAUCUCUCGAUAAGCAUUGUUUAUAUUAUUUUGGGGUGGUUUUUGAUCGUCAAGGGACAGUACAAGUUUGGUUUGAAAGGUCACAAUGAUUUCAGCUAUUUCAGCUCUAUUUAGGAACAACCUGUUAACUUAGAAAAGAUGCAUGAAAAACGAGUAAGGGUAAUCUGAGUGAGCAAUCUCAGACUCUUGUAAAGUGCCUCAAAUUUUGGUGCAAGUUUACAACAAAAAUGAUCAGUCAUUCGGACCAGCUUUCGAGUGCUAGUAUGUCCUGCUAUGGUAAAUUUAUAAGCCAAAGUUAAUGAUAGUUAUGGUAAUAAAAUAAUAUUAGGAAUAACUAAAUCCUCAAUUUGUCUUUUAUGCUGUUCUUUGGCACCAUUCCAACAGGGCAUGUCGCUGAAUAAGAUGAAACAAUUUUGGACCAACUCCCUCCUUUUGUCGGUGUUUUUUCCUCAAAAUUUUCAUGUUCCUUCAUGUAAAAAUUAAAUGGGGUGUGGUGUGCAGAGGGUGUGAUUGCCUAAUCCCUGCUGCAAAAGAAUGAAAAGACACCGAAACUGAAUGCAUAAAUGAAACCAUAAGCAGUCGUGGAGAUAUCCAUUUCAGGAUAUAAGUAUCGUGCGUUGUGAUUGGUUGAGAUCAAAACCAAAACAAAGUGAAUCUGGCCGAGAGCUACUGGAGAUCAGUAGAAGUGAAACAUUUUUUAUUGCCGCCACUUGUAAUGCGGCUAUCGGCCAAAACGAAAUUAAGUAGUACGAAAUCACUGCACGGAAAGAUAGCAUAAAUAAAAUAAUUUAUUCAGCAAACACUCGUGCACUCUGGAAGAGUGGAGCGAAUUCUUCACAGUACAAACUCAUCAUAUAAACGUCCUGAUCCUCGAACCGAAGCCAAAGUAACUACUUAAACUACAUCGCAUCAGAGAUAAAUCCUGUAAGAAACAAAAUCAUAGAUAAAUAACAAGAAAUAACUUUGAAAUCAAUAUGCCUGAAACAGGUCAGCUUCAUGACCUCUCAACGUGACACCAGCCGCAAAAAUAAAAUUCGCCGCUGUCAAGGUUUUCAAAACACUAAAUGACCGGCGGUGCUACAUGUUCUCAGUAAUCGAAAAUCGAAAAUCCAGUUAAUCUUAACUAUUUUAAUCGAUUUAAAAAAGUCAAACGAUCCUGAAAUGCUUCAUAAAUCUCAAGUUUAGCGUUUGGUUUACGCUGGGCUCAGAAAACGAAACCAUAUUUGUGACACUUGGAACUUUUUUUCAGGUUAUAUUUUCAGUAAAUUUCACUAAAAACCGCAAAAUAUUUUCAGCUAAACCCUGAAACUAUCAUAUUUCGCGUGCCUGUUUUUUCGAUUUGUGAAAUUACUGAAAAUAUAGGACUACCGGUCAUCUAGAGUAGUGUUUUGAAAACCUUGACCGGCAGUCGACCUGAAAAAAGUUCAAAGUCCUAAAUUUUCAGUAAAUUUCACAAAUCGAAAAACUUCCAGGAUCAGGAUCUCGAAUUUUGAUAGUUUCAGGGUUUAGCUGGAUUUUUAGCUGGGGAGGGUGGCUUUGGGCAAAUCAUGUAUCGGUCCGGUAACCCCAGGACUUCCAGGAUGGAUUUUUUUUGUACAGUGCCCAGGCCUCAUUUUCUUGGCCGCGCGUUGAUAUGGCCCGGCUACUUCGGGGAGCAUGUUCUCGGUCUUUUUGGAUUAUAUCCUUCGAAAUUGUCAAAAUCUGUGGGAUUCGUUUCUCUAUCUGGGAAAGCUCCAUUGGUUUCUAUAUCUGCUCCUAUCCUAUUUCCACGAUCCUGGCAUGUUUAUUUCCCGUUGGAGUUCGAAUUUCGUGGAAAAAGUUGUGUUGAAAGGGAGCAUGACGGCGAAAAUGGCAUCUCGUGUCUCCUUCCUUGUACAUUAUUAUUGUGUAUAGAGAGAAUUUGAACAAAUUAUCACGAUACUUUGUUGGAGCAUUAAGGGCAACAACAACUAACUGCAGAGUAAGUUUUAUUGAUCUUUAUUUAGUAUUUCCUAUAAAUUUUAGGAUCGUAUUUUUACCCCAUACAAACACUGUAAUUUUACUGGAACGGUACUGUGGUACUAUCACAGAGUCUGGGUUACCUGUGCACCCAGCAGAGCAGGAAAUCAUCACAUUCACGGACAAUAGCCCAGUUUCGAAUUAAAAAUUACCGCUGAGUACAAACAUUAACGACACAUUCAUACAGCGUUAGCCUCGACGUAAAGUAAAAUAUUCAGAAAUUCUGGCAAGUAAGUGUUUGAAAUUUGAAUAUACACAAUAGACAGAGUAAUAAACAGGUCUUUUUCUCGUUGGAAUUUGUGAACAUAUUACUUCAGACGGAGGCUAAGGCUGUAAAAAAUGCGUCACUUCUUUAAUUCAGCGGUCAUAACGAACUCGAAAAUGGACUAUUACAAAGAGCAAAGGAAAUGCCCUGUAAAUGUCACACAAACAACUGCAAAGAUAAGACUGAUUCGCUCAGUUAAAGUUUGGAAUCCUCCACAGCUUAAUCUACGGAUUUGGAUUUAAGAACUAAUAAAAUUUGCAACGCCUUGCAACACGAACAAUUCACGAACAAAUAAGGCGCCUAAUAUCGGCGUCAUUUUCAAAAACACCGUAACGAUGUCUUUCCUUGUAACAGUGGACUGAAGGUUGAAAACUUCAUUGUCGACUGGUUGCAGGAGUGGCUCUGUCUCCACGUUUCUGCACACUUUACUGAUGUGUGAUGUCAGAAGAUCUCGGAUUGUAUCAUGUCUCUGAGCUACAAAACCUCCCUUCUUACAUGACAACGCAUGGUUGGCAGUAAACAUUUCUCCACAAGCACAGUAAUUAGGGAGAUUAGGGGAGGGAGGUUGUAGCGAAGGCAAAAGGAGUCCCUAAACUCCUGCUUGUUCAAAGCCAGUCCGUGUUCUUCGAUUGGAAUAGCGUUCAGCCACGAGCGGACUCCCUUGUCCCUUGUCCGCUGCACCGCUUGGAGUAGAUCAGGAGAUCAGGAUUCGUCAAUCCUGUCAAUCCGGGACUUUGCAGCGGCUCUCCUUUUAGCACUGAUUUCACACUUCCUUUCCUCCAUCAGCUCUCGUGCUGGAAUGGUGGAGCUUUGAUAUUUAAUAUUCAAUUGACGUUUUUAACUCGUUUAGGAAUUUAAAAUAGUAUUCAUUGAAGUAGACUCAGGUUAACCUGGUACUGUUGUAUUUCUGAAAAAUGUGUAUCUAUAUUAACGAUUUUGAGAACAACGCAAGAAAAUAAAAUUUUUAAGUGUCCCUCUUUGUUCUUGAAGCCGUCAUGUUUUUUUUAGGCCUCGGAUAAAGGCAACUUCCGGUCUUAGGCUGUUUCCUAAAUCCGGUUAAAUUAAAUGGCUCUCUACAUCACUAUUGCUUAUUUUUUGUUUAUAUCUCGUAGGAGGAUUGACAGGCUCCGCUAUUGUGGGGAAUGAUGUUAACUACUUAACUCAUUUAAGCACGUGGCUCAAACCAGUUGCUCAGAGCAAAUCUUCACGAUGGAAGCGUUGUUGGCGUGCGUCCGUGGACGGCUGGGCUGCCAGUACUUUUCACAGCGGAUGUGACAACAAAGGACCAACUGUAACAAUAAUAAGAGUCGGGGGAAAGUACAUAUUUGGAGGGUAUACCAGCGUCUCUUGGAGUAAGUGGAAAGAUUUUCUAAACCUGAGCGUGAUAGCAUGUAAAAUUGUGUAAGGAAGAAUUUGUAAUGGCAAUUUUUUUUAUUACUUCUUUUUUUGCAAUCACUUUUGUUACGGCUUACCAUCAGACAUUUGUGAAUUAUUAGGAGCUUAAGCAACCACGACGGGAAGGCCAGCGAAAAUAUCACUUAGGGCCUGUUUACGUGGAGUUGGGAGACCCUAGGUAGGUGAGGUAACCCGCCUACAAUGCAGGUGGGAUAAAAAAAUAACCAUCAUUUACAUGCAAUCUUACAACCCCACUAUCCCGGGGUGCACUUUCUCAAGAAUAUUGAAUGGUCGCUAAGCAUGUAAAUAAGAAAAGUGCUGGCAAACCACGUGUUUUAGCGAUUAAUGCACUUCUACACUCACUUGCUGCACUUACUGCAACCUUCAGUGCUGUGGCUUUCUAUUGUUACCUUUAUGAUGCAAAGCCACUGCCAAAGUGAAUUUUGCGCGAAUUUGAUGUACCACGAAUCCGACCGCCAGCUUGAAGGGUCACUUCACCUACCAUGUAAACGUGAUCAAAUUAAAAUGAGAGAUGAUAUGGACAGGCGGGUUAGCCCAAAUAAGUGGGCCAUUACCAUACCAACCUGCACCCCCCCCCCCCCCCCGGCCCUUAAAUAUUGUAUUCACGCUGCGUUUCAAAAUUUAUUCCUAAAUCGCCCUUAUUGCAUCUCGUUCAAUUUGCCAAAUGCUGGCGAAGUUCUUUUUUCGGGUUUAAAUUCCAAAGGUUCCUGUGAAAGUUUAGAAAAAGAAAUAAAAAUCGUUGUCUUACGUUCAGGUACUCCAUAGAACGUGAAAUUAGGACGUUUCACGUCGUAGUCGUGCAACGUCAUGGUAAAUAAUUUACGUUCCGACUAGUUGCGGUAGCUGUCAUCGUUGACAGCCUUGACGGACAACGAUCAAUUAAAAUAAAAAUAAAUAAGGAAGGGAACGGAAUUUUUUUUAAGCUCAGUUUUUUUUUUAAAUCCCCGGCAUUUCUCUUAUCAUCCUUUUUUUUUUCCAUCACAACGUAAGGCACAAGUUUUUUUUUUCUCUUGUUGCAACAAAUUUGGAAUAUAGAGCAGGAGAAAGACAGAGAAAGAGAGAAAGUAGGCGGCAGGCUAGCGAAGCUCAACGAGAAAAAGGGCGACAGAGGUCUAGAGCGAGAAAUAAAAAACAGAGGAGACAUUAUUUUUGGAAAGAACAACAUGAAAAUCUUGUAGCGGCGGUGACAAAACGAGAAAUGCUAGUGGCCACCAAUACAAGGUAAAAAUGAGCGGGCAGUGAAAAACAAAAUUGAACAAGAACACGUACGACAUUUCCUCCAUAAAACGUGUAACUAAAGAAGUUUCUGCAAGUUUCACGUUGUAGUCGUGCAAAACAACGGCAAAGAAAUGUACAAAAAAAGGGUGCUGUACGUGCAAAGUUGCUAUUUUUGCUAAUUAGACCGACUGUUAUUUUUCACCGUUCUCCGGCGUUGCCUUCCCGCUUAGCACUACACGAUUUUAUAUUUUGUUUGAACAAACUAUAAAUUUUAUCGAAUGCUUCGCUUUUAGCCCUGGCUAAAUCUAUAUACUAUUUAUA